CCGGGAGCGGGCGGCAUGGCGGCGGCGGGGACCGCGGCGGGGCCGGCGGGGCCGGCGGGGCCUGAGCCCAUGCCUAGCUACGCGCAGCUGGUGCAGCGCGGCUGGGGCAGUGCGCUGGCGGCGGCGCGGGGCUGCGCGGACUGCGGCUGGGGGUUGGCGCGCCGCGGCCUGGCCGAGCACGCGCACCUGGCGCCUCCCGAGCUGCUGCUGCUGGCGCUCUGCGCACUCGGCUGGACCGCGCUGCGCUCGGCGGCCACUUCGCGCCUCUUUCGGCCCCUAGCCAAGCGGUGCCGCCUCCAGCCUAGAGAUGCCGCCAAGAUGCCUGAGAGCGCCUGGAAGUUUCUCUUCUACCUGGGCGCCUGGAGCUACAGCACCUACCUGCUCUUCGGCACUGACUACCCCUUCUUUCACGACCCACCCUCCGUCUUCUAUGACUGGAAGACAGGCAUGGCGGUACCACGGGACAUCGCAGUUGCCUACCUACUACAGGGAAGCUUCUACGGCCAUUCCAUCUACGCCACGCUGUACCUGGAUGCCUGGCGCAAGGACUCAGUGGUCAUGCUAAUCCACCAUGUGGUCACCUUGGUCCUCAUUAUCUCGUCCUACGCCUUCCGGUACCACAAGGUGGGCAUCCUUGUGCUCUUCCUGCAUGACAUCAGUGACGUACAGCUGGAGUUCACCAAGCUCAAUGUCUACUUCAAGUCCCGCGGAGGAUCCCACCACCGGCUUCACGCCCUGGCUGCAGACGUGGGCUGCCUCAGCUUCAGCCUCAGCUGGUUCUGGUUCCGCCUCUACUGGUUCCCGCUCAAGGUCCUGUAUGCCACAAGCCACUGCAGCCUGCGGUCGGUGCCUGACAUCCCCUUCUACUUCUUCUUCAACGCACUCCUGCUCUUGCUCACCCUCAUGAACCUCUACUGGUUCCUGUACAUCGUGGCUUUUGCUGCCAAGGUGCUGACGGGCCAGGUGCGCGAGCUGAAGGACGUGCGGGAAUAUGACACAGCAGAGGCCCUGAGCCCCAAGCCCAGCAAAGCUGAGAAGCCGCUGAGGAAUGGACUGGUUAAGGACAAGCGCUUCUGAACCCCUCGACCCCGGCCCCGCCGCCCAGGACCCAGCCCCACCCAACCUCGCCCUCGGGGACCAGCCACGCGGCUCCCCCAUUCGCCCCCGGUACCCUG